CUGUAGCUACUGACUGACUUUCCUGCGCAGUGUUGGUGUUUGGAGUUUGACCAUUGUCAGAGAAAAGGACAUGUCUGUUUCCCAGAAUCUAAUGACUUGAAACAACCAGUAACAAGAAAAUAACCGGAAACAUUUCAAUAAGGCUGAGAGCCAUGGAUCCUUUAUCGAGAGGCAACCUUCCUACACCAAAGCUCAACCCGCCAUCUCCAACCUCCAUGAGGGCUGGAACUUCCUCCCUCGACUCAUCUGCUAGCUCAUCAACCUCUGAGUCGAAGGGGCAAAAGGUCACAUUGCCGACUCCUCCGACCACUCCAUCAUCUCCUCCCUACACUGCCUCACCUCAGAUACCUCCUAGUCUUCAUUCUCGCUCUUCCUCCCUCUCUACACCGACAACGUCAUCUCCCCGCCAACCCACCAGAAGUUUUUCGCAGCCCGGCAGAUCACAGCUCAAUGCAGCAGCAUCAACAGGGUGUCUUCUUAAUGGAUCAUCAGCUGCUACUGUGCCUCCAUCACCCGCUUCUCCUGGACCAGAAGAGCCUGAGGAGGAGGUCCGUUUUGAGGAUUUGGAGGAGAGGGCAAAGUCAGGUGAUGCAAAAGCACAAACCAAGAUGGGCCGUUACUUUUUGGCCUUGGCAGAAGAAAGCGAUGAAGAGCUGAACAAUUGCACAGCGGUCUCUUGGCUGGUCCAGGCUGCUAAACAGGGGCGCAAAGAUGCUGUCAAACUGCUGCAGCAGUGCUUAAAGUCCAGGAAAGGAAUCACUCUGGAGAACUUUGAGGAGGUAAAGAAGUUGUGCACAGAGACACGUUUCGAGAGGGGAGUCAGGAAAGCAGCUCUGCUCAUGUACUUUAAGCUGAACCCAGAGAAGAAGAGGUCUGUGGCAGUUUCGGAGCUGCUAGAGAACGUGGAGCAUGUUCACGCAGAACCAGGCAAACCCAUCUGCUCAGGCCCACUCAACAGCUCUGCUAAGAAACAAAGGCGAGUCCUGGAGACUAUGGUCUCCAGAGAAGGCAGUUCUCAUGUGGGUCUUGAUGAUUUCGUGGAGAUGACAAAGAAAUAUGCUCAGGGUAUUGCACCGUCACCCUUCAUGGCUGCUGCGACAGAUGAUGAUGAUGACGAUGAUUAUGUGGUAGUGAAAAAUCCAGAUGAACUGCCGCUCCAUCAGAAGCUGCUGAAGUUCCCACUGUACGCUCUGCUGGAAAUAAAAGAGCAUCUCAUCGACUGGGCGUCCCGGGCUGGCAUGCAGUGGCUCAGCGCCCUCAUCCCCACUCACCACGUUAACGCCCUCAUCUUUUUCUUCAUCAUCUCCAACCUCACCAUUGAGUUUUUCAUCUUCCUCAUUCCUCUCCUGGUCUUCUACCUUUCCUUCUUCUCCAUGGUCAUCUGCACACUGCGGGUAUUUCAGAACUCAAAAGCGUGGGAAAAUUUCCGAGCUCUCACAGACCUGCUCGCUCAGUUUGAGCCCGGUCUGGAUCUGGAGCAGGCUGAGACCAACUUUGGAUGGACACAUUUAGAACCCUACCUGUACUUCCUUCUCUCGGUUGUCUUUGUUGUGUUCUCCUUCCCUGUUGCCGAUAAAUCCUGGAUCCCCUGCUCUGAGCUAGCCGCUGUGGCUCUCUUCUUCACCAUCACGGCCUUCCUCAGCCUCCACGCCUCUGCUCAGCUCUUUGCUCGUAAAGCCCUUCUCACAGAGGUCCUCUCCGGAGCAUGCUCCCUCACACAGCUCCUACCUGAUUCCCUCUGGUUCCUCCGGAUCUUUGGGAUGACGUUCAUCACAGUGCCUCUCGGAGAUGCUGUGGCCAUAAAUGUGGGCAUGCCGUGCCUUUUGUACGGACACCUCGUCUAUCUUCUCUUUCGCAUGGCCCAGCUGAGAGGCUUCAAGGGUACCUACCUGUGUCUGGUGCCCUACUUGGUUUGCUUCACCUGGUGUGAGCUUUGCUUGGUGUUCCUCAACAACGCCUCAGCCAUAGGACUCAUUCGGACUUGCGUGGGCUAUUUCCUCUUUCUGUUUGCCCUCCCUAUACUCUGUCUGGGUCUGGCUGCCAUGAUUAUGAUCCAGUUAGUGCAGUGGUUUCUCACCCUGGAGGUAACUAAGAUGGUGGUCACUCUGAUUGUCUGCUCUGUGCCCGUGGUGUUGAGGCUUUGGACCCGUUUCAGCCUCAACCCCAUCGUGGUUUUGAGGUCUUUGUCGCGGAGCAGCAUCGUCAAGCUCAUCCUGGUGUGGCUGAGUGCAGUGGUGCUCUUCUGCUGGAUGUACGUCUACAGGUCUGAAGGAAUGAAGGUGUAUAACUCGACCCUGACGUGGCCUGAAUACAGCAACCUUUGCGGGCCAUUGGCUUGGAAGGAGUCCAACAUGGCCCAAACUCAGAUUCUCUGCUCUCACCUGGAAGGACACAGAGUCACUUGGACGGGACGCUUCAAAUAUGUCCGUGUGACUGACAUCGAGAACGGGCCGCAUUCGGUUAUCAACCUACUGCCUGUUUUUCUAGGAAACUGGAUGCGUUGUCUGUACGGAGAACCCUAUCCGGUCUGUGAUGAGGGGAAAAAGAACGACGCCGCUGAGCCCCAACCGCUACCGGCUCCAGCUCCUCCUCCAGAAAAUCCGCUCUGCAAACUGAAAAUCCUGGCCAAGCAUGAGUGCCACAUCAAGCGCUUUGAUCGCUACAAGUUUGAGGUUACCCUGGGCAUGCCACUCGAGAGGAAGACGAAGGACGGGACAAUCAUAGAGGAUGAAGAUGCAACUAAGGACAUAGUCUUACGGGCGAGUAAUGAGUUCAAAUCUGUGCUUUUACACUUGAACGCCGGUAGCCUGGUGGAGUUCAGCACCAUCCUGGAGGGACGUUUGGGCUCCAAAUGGCCCGUUUUUGAAAUGAAGGCGAUCCACUGCAUGUCCUGUGGGGAUGCCUGCGUUCUUAGCCGCAAACAGUACAAGAUCGAGCAUGACUGGAGGCGCACAGCUCAGAACGCCCUCCAGUUUGGAUUUGACUUCUUCUUCAAUCCCUUCCUGACCGCUCGGCUAGAGGAGCACACAGAAACUGAAACAGAGAGCGUGGCACUGGAGGACGGAUAGAGGGAGGGCAACCUUUAAAGAGAAGAUGCCUCAUAAUAAUUAAACUAUCAAAGAACGUUAAUGAUUGUACAAUACUGUUCUUAACUGCAUCAUUGGUGAUGAGAGAGACUGAACAGAUCCUCAGGCAUUUAUUGUGUCUUCUAAAAGCUUCUGCACUCCUUGGACCUCUUCACAUUGGUCACAUUACAACCACAAUAUUCAGCGUAUCUCACUGGGUGUCAUUAGCUGAAGAUCUGUCUGACUAACACAAACACUAGCUCUUAUCUAAACCCUUCCAUGUUUAUGGUUGUUGAAAGGUAAACCUCUGCCACAGCCUCAAGUCUUUUAAAGACUCUAAAAUGUUUUGUGAUUGCUCUGUCUUUAGCUCCAUUCAUCUUCCUAUUGACUAGUCCCCGCAGCAUGAUCCUGUUGUCUCCGUGUUUAACCAUGGGGAUGGUGCGUUCAGGGUGAUGAGCUGCCUGAGUUUUUUUUUUUCACACAUUUUUUGCACGGAGGUCAGGAAGUUCAGUUUUGGUCUCGUAUGACUGGAGCACUUUUUUCCACGCAUUUGCCGUGUCCCCUACAUGCAAUGUUGCAAAACGUCAGACACAACUCCUAAGAGCUUUCUUUCGCCCUCAUAUAGUUGAUGGAUUUUUCCAUCUGAGGUGUGAAUCACAGCAGCUCCUCCAGUGCCAGCACAGGUCUCUUUGUUGCUUCUCUGAUUAUGUCUCAGUAGGUUUGCCAUUAUGCCAUAAACUUGGGGACAUUGAUGCUUAGAUUGAAUUAGACACAUUUCUGAACGAAAUUGGUUUCUCUGUAUCAGAGUAAGAGAGGAUGAACACCAACGUAUUCAACACAAGUUAAUCAAGAACCAUGCACGAUUUCUUUUCUUCCACUUCGUAAUUAGGCCUUAUUUUUUUGUUGGCCUAUUGCAUAAAAUCCUAUGGAAACAGAUUGAUGUUAUAAUGUGACAGACUGUGAAAGGUUUAUCAGGGUGUGAGUACUUUUAGAAGACCACAUCUACGAAUAUAUGUUUGAGUUCUUAAAGCUUUUGAGCCAAAACAAACGCGACAAAAGACAGAGUAGAAAUACAAAGUGGUCAGGAUUUAUUGCCUACUGCUACAAUUUUGCUGUGAGUUAUUUAGAAACAUUUCAUCCACUUUAAGUUGUGUGUGUGCUGAUCUUAGAGUUAAUUAAAUAAAACAGUUUUUUGUUGCCUUUUAAACACAAGUUUCCCACAAAAUCCCACACUUGGUGGCUAAAAUCUUCAGUAUUAACAUUUUCCGGCUUCCACUGUGGACAACUCUAUCUUUCUUGUUUAUCUCAAUUAUUGUAGAGUAAAUUGCUCGAAGGAUAUAGGUUUUUUUUUUUUCUUUAAAUCAACACUAAAUUAUUUAACAGUGCUCGGUAUACAGUGAUUUCUGUUUUUAGUGAAUAAAUCUCAGAUUGUGUACUUGAAAUACAAUUACAGCAGAGCUACAGUGGUGGGAAAAAGUGUUUGCCUCUUUAGAGAUUUCUCCUGUUACUCCUUGCACAAUUUAAUAUUUUAGAUCAUCAAACAAAUUUUAAUGUUGGAUUAUGAUAAUCUUAGAAAGUGCAAAAAGCAGUUUUCAAAUGAAGAUUGCAGUCAUUAAGGAUUAAAAAGCUCUCCAAACCAACUAUUGCCCCCUUAACCUAAUAACUAGAUGUGCCACGUAUCUUAGCAACAACAACUGACAUCAAGAGUUUGUAAUAACUGACAAUGAGUCUUUAACAUCACCACUGAGGAAUUUUGCUCCACCUCCCACAAAUGUAUUUAUUCAGCCACUUUGGAGGGUGUGUUUAAGGUCAUACUAAAGUAUCAGAAGUCCAGACUUUGGCUAGGCCACUCCAAAACUUCAUUUUGGUAUUUUAGAGGUGACCUUGCUACAGUGCUUUGAACCAUGUUUGACUGUCAAUAUUUUUGAUCUCUUUCUGAAAUGCUGGGUUAGGUCAGAUGUAACAUGACCCACACCUUCCACAAAGGUCCACUUUUGUCUCAUCAGUCCACAAACUAUUUUUCCAGAAGUCUUUGGGAUCAUCAAGAAGUUUUUGGUAAAUGUGAGACGGGUCUUUAUGUUAUUUGUUUCAGCAGUGGUGUUGACCUUGUUUUUCUCCCAUGGAGGCUAUUUUUGCUCAGUCUCUCUUUCUUUUGGUUAAAUCUUGAGCUCUGAUCUUAACUGAGGCCUGCAGAGUUUCAGAUGUUGUUCUGGGUGGUUUUGUGACCUGCUGGCUGAAUGAUUGGAGUAAUUCAGGUUGACUGGCCUCUCUUGGUUAAUGUUCAUCACUGCUGCAUGUUUUAUCCAGUUUUGGAUUGUGGCUUUAACCUUGGUUCUCUGGAUUCCUAUAGUCUUAUAAAUAGCUAGGUAACCCUUUCCAGGCUGAUUAUUUAAAUUUUUUUUCCAAUGAUGUGUUGCUUUUUGAAGUGUUUCAGCCAUCAGAGAGGUUUUAUUUAAAUUAUGUAUUAUAUCUGCAGGUCAGGUAAUAAUCAGGUCUGCACUUGGCUUGUGAAAUUGAGCUCAGCUGUCUAAAAAAUGUUUAAUCCCAGUUAAUUCAUAAUUUAUUAAGGAACAAAUUACUUUUUCACAUAGGGCCAGUUUGGUUUGGAUAGCUUUUUUCCUUCUAAUGAAUGAACUCUUUAUUUGGAAACUGUUUUUUGUAUCCACUCAGGUUAUCUUUAUCCCAUAUUAAACAUUGUUUGAUGAUCUGAAAUAUUUAAGUGUGACAAAAAAGCAAAAACUGAAGAAAUCUGUAAGGGGUUACCACUGACGGUUGCCUCCUUCUCUGUUUAUUAUUUCAUCUUUGUUUCCAGCAGUGUAUCUCAGUCUCUGCUGUGCAGGGAUUUAAUAUACUGAACAUUUAGUCCCUGAUUGCGGGUCUUUUUGGAUGUCACUACUGUUUUCUGUACUGUGACCAAUAAAUAUAUUAAAAUAUUA